GAUGAGGCGGCGAUGGUGGUCUCGCUCUCUCCCCGCCCCCCGGCUCCCGGUCACCGAGGUGCCCGGAUGUAGCGGAUGAGGCCGCGUCCGGCUCGCUCCUGCCCCCGGGACGUGUAGGUGGCUGGCGAGCGGCUCGAGCCGGGCGCGCCGGAGCCUGCGCGAGCCGCAUCCUCCCCGCGCCGCCCCGCAGAGCGACCGGCCCCGGCCCCGGCCCAGCGGCGAGGCCCCGCUCCGCUCCGCUCCCCCAGUGCAGCCCCCGCGGAGACGCCCCGCGUGGCCGGGCCUCCCGCCGGGCCCCCGCGUCCUUCCCCCGGGCCCGUGCGCGAGGGGCGGCGCCGGCAUGAGCAGCGCCCGGAACAACCGCGUGAUGGUGGAGGGGGUCGGGGCCCGGGUGGUGCGGGGCCCGGACUGGAAGUGGGGGAAGCAGGACGGCGGCGAGGGCCACGUGGGCACCGUGCGCAGCUUCGAGAGCCCGGAGGAGGUGGUGGUGGUUUGGGACAACGGCACCGCGGCCAAUUACCGCUGCUCCGGGGCCUACGACCUGCGCAUCCUGGACAGCGCGCCCACCGGUAUCAAGCAUGAUGGAACUAUGUGUGAUACUUGUCGACAGCAACCAAUCAUUGGCAUCAGAUGGAAAUGUGCUGAAUGCACAAAUUAUGACUUAUGCACAGUUUGUUAUCAUGGGGACAAACAUCACUUGAGGCAUCGUUUUUAUAGAAUAACCACACCAGGAAGUGAAAGGGUGCUGUUAGAGUCUCGUCGUAAAUCAAAGAAAAUUACAGCAAGAGGAAUCUUUGCAGGUGCCAGGGUGGUACGAGGAGUUGAUUGGCAAUGGGAAGAUCAAGAUGGUGGCAAUGGACGUAGGGGGAAGGUAACUGAAAUCCAGGACUGGAGUGCAUCAAGCCCACACAGUGCAGCAUAUGUUUUAUGGGACAAUGGCGCUAAAAAUCUUUACAGAGUUGGCUUUGAGGGCAUGUCUGACCUGAAAUGUGUUCAGGAUGCCAAAGGAGGCUCUUUCUACAGGGACCACUGUCCUGUGCUAGGUGAGCAAAAUGGUAACAGGAAUCCUGGUGGGUUGCAGAUUGGUGAUCUGGUAAACAUUGACCUUGAUUUAGAAAUUGUACAGUCUUUGCAGCAUGGUCAUGGGGGAUGGACUGAUGGCAUGUUUGAGACCUUAACCACCACUGGCACAGUUUGUGGCAUUGAUGAAGAUCAUGACAUAGUAGUACAGUAUCCAAGCGGCAACAGGUGGACAUUUAAUCCAGCUGUUCUCACCAAAGCUAAUGUUGUCCGAAGUGGAGAUGCUGCUCAAGGUGCAGAAGGAGGUACCUCACAGUUUCAAGUGGGUGACCUUGUUCAAGUUUGUUAUGAUUUAGAACGAAUCAAGCUUCUUCAAAGAGGUCAUGGAGAAUGGGCUGAAGCAAUGCUCCCUACUUUAGGUAAAGUUGGCCGGGUCCAACAGAUUUAUUCAGACAGUGACUUGAAGGUAGAGGUUUGUGGGACCUCUUGGACAUACAAUCCAGCAGCUGUCUCAAAGGUGGCAUCAGCAGGAUCAGCUAUAAGCAAUGCAUCUGGUGAGAGAUUGUCCCAACUUUUGAAGAAACUGUUCGAAACACAAGAAUCUGGGGACCUCAAUGAAGAACUUGUUAAAGCUGCUGCUAAUGGAGAUGUAGUAAAAGUGGAAGAUUUGCUAAAGAGACCGGAUGUGGAUGUGAAUGGGCAGUGUGCUGGACACACAGCUAUGCAAGCAGCCAGUCAGAAUGGACAUGUUGACAUUUUGAAAUUACUUCUGAAACAGAACGUGGAUGUGGAAGCAGAGGACAAAGAUGGAGACAGGGCUGUUCACCACGCAGCUUUUGGAGAUGAAGGUGCUGUGAUAGAGGUUUUGCACAGAGGCAGUGCAGAUUUGAAUGCUCGCAACAAACGCAGACAGACUCCACUUCAUAUUGCUGUUAACAAAGGUCAUUUACAAGUUGUGAAGACUUUACUGGACUUUGGCUGUCAUCCUAGUCUCCAGGAUUCUGAAGGUGAUACUCCACUCCAUGAUGCGAUAAGUAAAAAGCGUGAUGACAUCCUGGCCGUACUGUUAGAAGCUGGGGCUGAUGUUACUAUUACAAACAACAAUGGAUUUAAUGCUCUCCAUCAUGCUGCGCUAAGAGGGAAUCCCAGUGCAAUGCGUGUAUUGCUGUCCAAGCUACCACGGCCAUGGAUUGUGGAUGAGAAGAAGGAUGACGGCUAUACUGCCUUACAUUUGGCAGCACUCAAUAAUCACGUGGAAGUGGCUGAACUCUUGGUGCAUCAGGGCAAUGCUAACCUGGAUAUCCAGAAUGUAAACCAGCAAACUGCACUGCACCUUGCCGUUGAACGACAGCACACACAAAUAGUUAGGCUCUUAGUCCGUGCAGGUGCUAAACUGGAUAUUCAGGAUAAAGAUGGGGAUACUCCUCUACAUGAAGCCCUGAGGCAUCAUACUUUGUCACAGCUUCGCCAGCUCCAAGACAUGCAAGAUGUGGGCAAAGUAGAUACUGCUUGGGAGCCAUCAAAGAACACAUUAAUAAUGGGACUUGGUACCCAGGGAGCAGAGAAGAAGAGUGCAGCAUCUAUUGCCUGCUUUCUGGCAGCAAACGGAGCUGACCUCAGUAUUCGUAAUAAGAAGGGUCAGUCUCCUCUUGACCUCUGCCCUGAUCCUAGUCUCUGCAAAGCAUUGGCUAAAUGUCACAAAGAAAAAGUCAGUGGACAGGUUGGCUCUCGAAGUCCUUCUAUGAUCAGCAAUGACUCAGAAACUUUAGAAGAAUGUAUGGUGUGUUCAGACAUGAAGAGAGAUACGUUAUUUGGCCCAUGUGGACAUAUUGCUACCUGUUCCCUCUGCUCACCACGGGUCAAGAAAUGUCUCAUCUGUAAAGAGCAAGUUCAAUCCAGAACAAAGAUUGAAGAAUGCGUGGUGUGUUCAGACAAGAAAGCAGCAGUACUUUUCCAGCCUUGUGGUCACAUGUGUGCUUGUGAGAACUGUGCAAGCCUGAUGAAGAAGUGUGUGCAGUGCCGGGCAGUGGUUGAGCGGAGAGUGCCUUUCAUUUUGUGUUGCGGAGGGAAAGGUACAGAAGAUACCACUGAUGACAUUUCAAGUGGAAACAUUCCAGUUUUACAGAAAGACAAGGACAACACCAAUGUCAAUGCAGAUGUACAGAAGCUGCAGCAGCAGUUACAAGACAUAAAGGAACAGCAGACCAUGUGCCCUGUUUGUUUGGAUCGUCUGAAGAAUAUGAUCUUUCUCUGUGGCCAUGGAACAUGUCAGCUUUGUGGAGACCGAAUGAGUGAAUGCCCUAUAUGCCGCAAGGCUAUAGAACGAAGAAUCCUUUUGUAUUAAUAAAACAAGUGUCUUCUGUUAGCUUAUCAAAUUGUCAGUACAUUUUGGUCAUCAAAUCUCUAAGUUUGAAAGGCAGUUGAAGGUUCUAAUGAAAACAUUUCUAAUACUGCAGUGCAUAUGUGCUACAUUGUAAUUUCUUAAAGACUAAACACAUCAGAAAAGAAAACAGUAUUUGAACAGUCAACUUUUAGUUGUACUAUCGAGACAGCUAAGAUAAGGCUAAAUUAAUAAAACAGUCUUUUCCCCUCACCCCCUUAAAGCACCAAGUAUAAAGGGACAAUCAUGACUUUCUGUUUUGGUAUCUUUAAAGUUUUUAUAUGUACGUAUGGACUUUAAUUUCAGCCAUCAAGUGAUGUAGAUUUUGUACUGCCAGUUGCUUUCAAAUAUUUAUUUUUUUAGCCCAAGUUUGACACCUCUUCAGCAUAUGCUCAAUUGUCAAAUGACAGAAACGUAUGCCUCAUAGUACUAUUGUCUUGAAAGGUACAGUAAUGCAAAAUCAGCACAAUAUAUCCAAGUAAUAUUCAGUACCAUACAGUUCCUAUAAGAUGACAUCAUAAUAUAACCAUAUGGAUAACUGACUGUAAUGUGCCCUCAGUGUGGAUUUAGAGGAGAAUGUCAGUGGAAAGAAACACAAAUUUGCUUUGGGAAUGUUAUGCCCCCAAAACUGUACUUCAGUCUGACAGGAUCAAAUUAAACUAAAUAAGGAACUUCUUAACCCUGUUGACGAAAAAAACUAAUAUAUAUAGUUAUGAGAGGAGAGUCCUGAUUGUUUUUCUUGACAAGGUAUUUGAAAAAUAAAGUGUAGAUGAGUUAUCAAUUUCACACCUAAAGAGUGUAGUUGAUUAAAAUCUUUGAGGAACAAGUGUAUAACCAGAGAGUAGGGAAAUUAUGGGUCUCGUGAUCUAAGGAAACUGGGUGGUAUAUUUUUCCUUUGAAUUUUGUAGAAAUCAGCUGUUCUUUAAAUCAUCUUUUCUGUUGCAGACUGUGGGUUUCUUACAUAAAUCAGUGUGGUGUUCUAUUAAGCCAGUCUUACAGAAGAAUUAUCUGUAGGGAAACUGUAGCAACAGCAAAGGAGGUAAACUAUAUAUUGCCCAUUCAUCUCAAUGGGGUAUUAAUUUCAGAGCCCAGCAGAGACCGUUUAAUAGCUAAUAUUAAGCAAAACAGUGGUGAUAAGUCUGGGGGUUUCCUGACACAUGGAUAGGCAAUUUGAAACUGGUUGUCGGAGUUAGCUAGGAUUUGUAUUGCACUUAUAGAUGGCUCUUUGACUACUACCAGCAGCUCUAAAACAUGAGUAAGAGCACAAUCCAAAUGUUCUUCAGGCUUUGGUGGUGGGACCGUAGUCAGGAUUUCAGGAAAGGAGUUAAAUUCGAAGCUCUUACAGCCAAAUGAUGAUGGCAUAUAAAAGCCAUUCAGCAGUUACCUGAAUUACUGAUUGAAUAGAAUAUGAAAUCAGUGCUUGCUUAGUCCUGAUUUGGACAAUUUCUUUCAAGGAUUGUGAAAUAUACAGUGGAUUCAGUUAGGUGCCUUACUUGCAGCGAACACUAGUCUCCUUCAUUUAACUCCUGUUACAUGUGGCAGGGACAUGAAAGUGGGAAUUGGUCUGGGGAAGAUCAAGGUGAGAAUGAAGUGAUUCAUAGCCUGCAUUCUUCACUUGGAAAAUCACAUGCUUACACAAUGCACAGUCUUCUGAAGUGUGUGAUAAGCUUGUGUUGAUCUUUGGAAUUCUGCAGACUUCAGCCAAAAUCUCAGAAGAAUUUACCAAUGCUUUUAAAGUAUUGAUCAUGCAGUUAGAACACCUGUAUGGUAAAAGGAAACUCUGCAGUGGUUUCUUAGAAAAUCAAUACAUAAUGCAUUAGCUGACAAAACAAUCUAUGCCCCAAAAUUUCUGUUUCAACAGGUAAAUGUUCCUUGCUCUUUUAAACUCGGGUUUGAACAAUCCAAUCCAGUAUUCUUUGUUCUGAUGUUCCAGCAGUCAUAUAUAUACACCAUAAAUCUCACUCUGUGUUUGGUCAUUUACAUAGCUUUCUGCUUUGCCUGGUGUUUUGAGUCCCUAUUCUAAAAGAGGCAGAUCCCAGUAGCUUCUAUACAAAAUCUUUGGUUGUCAGUAAAUCUCGUCCUCAGUUUAGCAGUCCCACAACAGGUUUAAUUGCUUUAGCUCUAGGAAUUUUAUAUACUUUUGGAGUUGCAGCCUGGUUAACUGAGGUUUUAGAAUUCCAGUCUGAGAGAAUUGGGAGAAUUCUUACAUUCUGUGUUCUUGUAUAAUCAGAAUAGUUCUGGUAUGAUUUUCCAGUGUUUUUGGGAAAAUGAUUUGGUAGCCCAUUCCGCUUGACAUAAGGGUCACCUGGCUUCUGUGGCUAGGGUUGCACAGCAAGACCCUUUGGCUUCAUGUCCCCCGUCAACGAUUCUCCAGAAGAACUGGUUCUCUCUAAUAUGGCACAACACUGGACCCCUCACUAUGAAUUUCAUUCUCUUGUAUCAGGUCUGUGACAUGGUUCUCUUUAACCCAGGGCAGACACAUUUUUGAGCACUAUUUUAUACUUAAAUUAUUCAGAAAGGCCUCUCCAUAAAGGCUCAGUACAAAGUACUCGAUUAACAGUUGAUCACCACUCCUGCACUAUCUCUUGGUAAAUGCAGUUCUAACUCAAAACCCCAUUAUGGUAGCUCAAUGCACUACUUACCACAUAGCAGUCGAUAUUUUUAUAACAUUUAAGUAAAUUGUGCUAGGGUUUUGUUAGCAUUCAGCAUUGGAACAAACCAGUGGUAAGAUCCUAUUUUUUCAUGCAAUUUUCAGCUGUUUAAAUAGUAUGAAUUAAAGCUUGUCUCUACUAAAGUCAGUGGGUGUUCUCAUUUCAGUGGGACCGGGAUUUCACCCUCUAUUGUGUCUUAUGUGCCUGAGCUUUUCAGGUUGUCUGAAUUAAUUUGAUCAAAUGUUACCAUCUGAUGAUGCAACCAAUACUUGAACCAAAUUUAACAGGGCAUUUAAGUAUUUUCCUAAAGGACAAAAUCAAGGCAUCCAGGGUAGCAAUGCUGAGCGUACUUCAUCUGUGGGGCGCACAGAUGUCAGGUGAUAGAGGAGUUCUGUCAGAUGUCAAGUGUGUUGGUGAUAGAGGAGUUCAGUUCACUGUUUGCUUUAUAUUUUUCAGCAGUUCCUCAGCUACAUAACUAUUGCUGCUGUAAGAUAGCCAUAGAUUGUGUGUGUAUACAUACACACACACACGUGAAUAAAGAUGCUGCUCCAAGAGCUGUCCUUUUCACACCAUGGUCCCUGGUUUGUCCCCAUCAACACAUACAGACCUCUCAUUAUAUAUUGCUUUUUUUGUAUUCAACUUGGUUGAGCAGUGUUGCAUGCAUGAUUCCAUGUAAAAAAUGUAACGAUGAUAUCACAAAUUCAAGCCAAAUAGUUUAAUUAGACAACUGCUUUUUAAAAAAAGUAAUUAAGCAGUUUAACUUUGUAGCGCUUAUUGUUUAAGGUGCUAGUAUUGGCAUUCUGUUUACAGGUGAGAGUUUAUCCCAAUUGACAUUAUGAAGUCAGAUAUAGUACUUUCAAACUGAUUUUUAAUUGAUUUUAAGAAAUGUUUGCCAAAACAUUGUUGCAUAUGUAAACAGAUGUUUAGACUUGUACACUAUCUCUUCAGAUUGUAAUGUAUAUUAAAGCUAAAGAUUUAGGUAGCUUUGAAGAAACCAGCUGUAUCAGACCAUAUUUAUACAGUAUAGUCACAUCACUUAGCAAUAGUAUGUCUGCAACCUGAUAUUGUCUGAAAGGCUUGCAUACUUCUAUUGGAUACCUUUGUUUUAAAACGAGGUUGGGGGGAAUCCUAGGCUCAGAAGAUAGGUGGGAAUCAUAGCAAGUAGGGAAAGAUGAGGAUGGGUCAGUGUAUGUCUGUGAGUGAAUCACUACAGAUUUUACUGAAACAGAGCAAAUACUAGAUAAAGAAUCAGUAAAUAGACAAUUAGAUUUAAUAUACAUGUUUGAGAAUUGCAGAUAUCACUUUUGUUAUUCUUAGAACAAUUCCCCAAUAUUAAAAGUUGUUUGGGAAUGGAAUUGGUUGGAGGAGCUUCUUCAAUGACUUAUUUCUUGAAAUACAGUCAAGAAGAUAUCGACAUUAUAGUUUAUUAUUUGGGUGCAAAGUAUGCUUAAAAGUUUGCUUGAACAUCUUUCCUUUCUGUAUGGUAAUCAAUAAGAUUAAAUUAGAGAUGGCUUCUAUACACAAUAGUAUUGUAAAGGAACUAUGAAGAGACCUUAAUUUUAAAUUUGAGGGGUCUGUACAGUAAGCUAAAUAGCUUAAAGAUGUCAGAACUUAAUCACUUAAUUUUUCAGCUAUUUUUUCCCCCCAAUAAUGUACCAUGACUUUUCAGGCCCAUUACUUAAAGAUAUUCAGUAUCUCCUGCUCUACAUUCAAGGCAUUUGGCACGUUGCAGGAUUUGAGUCACAGCUAUGUGCUUUCCUUUUUUUGUUAAAAUACUAAUUAAGUGGUUCUAGAUUAGUUUAGGACAAAUUCCCAUUUAAGAAAAAAUGGGUACCAAAAAAUAAAAAAUUAAACUGGAAAGGUAAUAAACACAAGUUACUUUGUAAACGUGAAAAUUCCUUCCAAAACUAGUUUAACUAUAAACUUGAGCCAAAUUGGAAUAUAGAAAAGUUUUGAGUGCCUUGUUAACAUAGUCUUAAAAAUGUUUUCAGUCUAGUUCUACAGGCUUAUGAAACUAGCUUUUUUAAAAGAAUCUGAUUUGAUCUUGCCUUUAUGUUUUGAUAAGAAUAUUCACUGAUACUGUGUAGAUAUUAUCUAGAGAUGGAGUUUUACUAAAGUAUGCCUACUUAUUUAUAGCAGUAUUACUUACAAUUUGUGGCUAGUGUAAACACUAAAUUGUUUGAGAAAGUUGCUUUGAGUUAUUAGAUCUCUCUGAGCUUCUCGACAAUAUUGCAAAUGUCAAAAGUUACAUUUUGCUCUUUUAAUAGUUGCUGAUUAAUUUUGUAUAGCUUGGACCAUAACUUGUGUUGAAUAGAUCACAGACAGAAGUUCUUACAGACCGCUACAAUGUUACUUUUAGUAACUCUGCCUUUUUUCUGUCCAAGUGUUCAGUUCUACAGUAAUCGUUCUUUACCUUUGGAAAGGAGUGGGAGUUUUCUUAAACACUACAAUUUAGUUUUGAUACAUCAGUUUUGGUGCCUGACUAGGUGUGACAUAAAGGAUUAUUGCUGACUGUAUAAAUGAUGUACAGGAGGAAUGUAUCAUUCCCCAUAGUACUGUACAUUCCUGUUUCCCUUCCCUAAGUUGCUGGAAUUCAUAUACUAUUUUCCUUUUACAAUACAGAAUGUGUUUUGUUCACAGAGUAAAAUAAUGUUGUCUAUAAAGUUUUAUUGUGUGCCAUUUUUAUAGUUAUAGCUGCAGUAAGUAUGAAAGUUCUGACUCAGGGCUUUUUUAACAACUUAAACACGUUCAUAAAUGUUCUUCAGUGCAUCUUGGAGAAUAUUAGAGGUUUAAUGGUUGUGUAGUGCCUUGAUAGAACAAUUGAAUUGGCAGCAGCCAUAGAUCCUUUACAGAAUAGAAGUACAUAUGAAUCUACAAACUGAGUUUGUGCAGCAUAAAUGUAUAUGUAGUUAAUGUGUUGCAUUUAAACCACUUAUUUGUCUUUCUGUAAAGGAAAGUGAGCAGAUUUAACUUUUGUUAUGCUUUUGGUAAGUCUUGUUUAUGAUAACUACACCAAUAGAGCAAUUAUGAUAGGAGCCUGAGGACGUUAUUCCAAAUCAGACAAAUAGCUUUUGGGAGAGAAGGUGGAUAGAAAAUUCUACAUAAUGACAUUUUUAGUAGGAAAGGAGAAUCAUUUUAUAAACCAACUUCUAGCAAAAAUUAGCUUCAUAAUUUGGACCUAGCAAAUCUUUCUAUAAACAAGAAGUCUGCAUGGCAUUUCAUAGUUACGAAAGUGUAAGUCUUACUCUGGGCUUCUAGAAAAGUAUUUUCUUUGUCCCACGCUUAGUUAUGGGUGCAACUUACUCUGUAGUAAAAAAUGGGUUUUACUGAACCACAACAACAUUUUUUGCUUUUGUUAGAAAAUCAACUUUGUAUUUUUGGUAAAUUGUAGAUUUGACAUGACUGUUGACUGGAUUUAAUUCAAGUUGUGUGUGAAUGUAGUUGAUUUCUGUACUGCAAAUAGCUUUACAUAAUUGCAUUGAUUAAAACUGCUUAGCAAGGCCUAAGCUUUUCAGAACAAAUGCUAAUGUACCGUAUUGUUAAUAAAACUUAUUAUAUAA